UCCGGGACGCUCUUCUUUCUGCUCUCCUCGUCCGCCGGUGUCAGAGUCGGCAGCUCAUACCGAAACUAAGCGUUGAACUUUUUCUCAGAUUUUUGUACUUUUUCCAACCUAAGAUGGGAGACCCGUUGGCUGACUGCUCCGCCCGCCUACAGGAGCAGGAGAGACAGAUCAGAACUCUGUCGGCGGAGAUCGAGAGUUUGAAGAACCCACGGGCACUCGAACCAUCGCCACAGCUCGCCAGCCUGAAGGAGGAGAACGCCAAACUCAAGUACCGCCUGAACACCCUCAAGAGGAGCCUCCAGGCGGACCCCGCUCCGGGCUCCAGGGCCAUGCUGAACAUCAACCAGCGGCUGCAGCAGGUGUUCGAGGACGCCAUCCGGGCGGCCUGCCCCCAGGUGGCGGACCCCCCGCUGGCCGUCACCCCCGGCCGAGACCCCAAGUUCGGAGACUACCAGUGCAACAGCGCCAUGGCACUGGGCCAGAUGCUGAAGGCCAGAGGGGAGAAGGUCACCCCUCGGGAGAUCGCCCAGAAGAUCCUGGAGAACCUUCCAGAGAACGAGCUUAUAGAGAAGACGGAGAUCGCGGGACCAGGCUUCAUCAACAUCCACAUCAGGAAGCCGUUUGUCUCCAAGCUGCUCACCAACCUGCUGCUCAACGGAGUGCAGCCACCACCGCUGCCCGUCAGGAAGAAGGUGAUCGUGGACUUCUCGUCGCCGAACAUCGCCAAGGAGAUGCACGUGGGCCACCUGCGCUCCACCAUCAUCGGGGACAGCAUGUGCCGGCUGUUCGAGUUCCUGGGCUACGAGGUGGUGCGGCUCAACCACGUGGGCGACUGGGGCACCCAGUUCGGCAUGCUCAUCGCCCACCUGCAGGACAAGUUCCCCGACUACGUCACCUCCUCCCCACCCAUAGGAGACCUGCAGGCCUUCUACAAGGAGUCUAAGAAGCGUUUUGACGAGGAGGAGGACUUCAAGAAGAGAGCGUACCGCUGUGUGGUCCGACUGCAGAGCAAAGAGCCCGAGAUCAUCAAGGCCUGGACCCUCAUCUGUGACGUCUCCAGGGCCGAGUUCCAGAGGGUGUAUGACUGUCUGCAGGUGAAGCUGAUCGAGAGAGGCGAGUCCUUCUACCAGGAGAUGAUGAAGGCUGUAGUGGAGGAGCUCAAGCAGAAAGGUGUGCUGGAGCUGGACGAGGGGCGUCACAUCGUGUUCGUCCCGGGUCAGUCCAUCCCGCUGACGGUGGUGAAGUCUGACGGAGGCUUCACCUACGACACGUCCGACCUCGCCGCCAUCCACCAGCGGAUCUUCCAGGAGCGCGCUGACAUCAUCAUCUACGUCACCGACAGCGGACAGAGUACUCACUUCCAGCUGGUGUUUGCUGCGGCCCGUAUGCUUGGCUGGUACGACCCCCUGACGACCCGCGUGGAGCACGCCGGCUUUGGGGUCGUACUCGGAGAGGACAAGAAGAAGUUUAAGACCCGGUCUGGAGACACUGUGCGCCUCAUGGAUCUACUGGACGAGGGGCUCAAGCGCUCGAUGGACAAGCUGAAGGACAAGGAGAGAGACAAGGUGCUGACCCCGGAGGAGCUGACCCAGGCCCAGCGGUCGGUGGCGUACGGCUGCAUUAAGUACGCCGACCUCUCCCACAACCGCAUCAACGACUACGUGUUCUCCUUCGACAAGAUGCUGGACGACCGCGGGAACACCGCCGCCUACCUGCUCUACGCACUCACACGCAUCAGGUCCAUCUCGCGGCUGGCCAGCCUCGACGGGGGGGCUCUGGCGGCGGCGGCGGCCUCCACCCCGAUCCUCCUCGACCACGACAAGGAGUGGAAGCUGGGCAAGUGCAUCCUGCGCUUCCCCGAGGUGCUGAACAAGAUCCUGGAGGACCUGUUCCUGCACGGCCUGUGCGACUACCUGUACGAGCUGGCCACCACCUUCACCGAGUUCUACGACAGCUGCUACUGCGUGGAGAAGGACCGCCAGACCGGUGAGGUGGUGAAGGUAAACAUGUGGAGGAUGUUGCUGUGUGAGGCCACGGCGACCGUCAUGGCCAAGGGCUUCGACAUCUUGGGCAUCACGCCCGUCAGCAGGAUGUGAUGUCGCCGCUCGCAACUCAAUAAAUACUGAAACCCGC